AUGGCGAAGUAUGCCACUUACGACUCGAGUUGUUGUCGGCAGUGUACGCCGCGACUUCAUGUGACCUGUUUGCUGUUCAUUGGAUUUUUGCCAGGACUGUUUUGCGUGUGCUGUUUGUCUUGGAAAUGGCUCUUGGCCUUUUGCUUCGUGCUUUGUUUACCCCGCUUGCUGUGGCGUGGAUUUGGGCCUGCAGAAGGUGCAAAAUAUGUCUAUGGACUCGGUUUGUACUGGAACCUGGUGAUGGCCAUUUGCUUUGCCUCUCCUUUGAUAAUUCUUUCCUGCUGCUGGUCCCAGCCAGUGCUCUUGCUGCCCUUUCUGGGCUACUUCCUGUGGUCUCGUGUUAUUUCCAAAGCCGAACUGGGAGAUGGAGCUGCAUGGCCUUGGUUUUCAAUCCAAGAAUGGGGAUUUCACGCCUUCCGGCGCUACAUCCGGCUCCGCAUUCACGUGCAUCCAGAGCUGCAGCAGUAUCCUCCUGAGAAGCCAGUGGUUCUAGCCGUGCAUCCUCAUGGCGUGGCCAGUGACUAUCGAAUUCUUCUGGACGGCAUGCUCUACGAAGCACUUCCAAAGCGCGAGGUGCUGGCGCUCUCUGCCUCGGUCCUGUUCUACAUCCCCAUGGUCCGCGAGCUGGCGCUCUGGACCCGCUGCGUGGACGCGCGGAAAGUUGUGGCCGCGCGGGCACUGAAGCACCGGAAGAGUCUGAUGGUGAUCCCGGGCGGUGAACAGGAGCAGAUUCGCACAGUGGAAGGAAAGGAGGAGGUCUUCCUCCAAAAGCGAAUGGGUUUCAUCAAACUGGCCUUGGAGCAGAACGCAGCAGUUGUGCCAUGCUAUGCUUUUGGAUGCGUUGAUCUCUACUCCACCUACACCAAUCUGUUCUUCAAGCCAAGGGAAUGGCUCCGAAAGACCUUAGGCGUGUGCAUCCCCAUGUACCGCGGCGCCUUGGGUUUUCUGCCGCUCCGGAAGCCAGUGCACCUGGUGCUGGGCGCGCCCCUGGAGCUGCCCCCGUUGACGAAACCGGGGCAGCCGACGGAGGAGGAGGUGCAGAUGGCGCAUGGGAAAUAUGUGGAAGCCCUGAAAAACCUAUACGAUGAAGAGAAGCAUCAAUUUGGACAUGCGGAUCGAGAGCUCACCAUUUCUUGA